AAAUUUUCCAAUCCCUAUUGUUAAGUGAGGACUACCUGUAUUUCAUUUGGGACUGAGCAUUUUGAGAUUAUUGUUCUCAGAUGCAGUCUUAGGAGGAUAAUUGCCAUGCAGAUCAGGUUGUCAUGGAGAGGUGAAACAGUUUUCUUUCUUUCCAUCCUUUCAUUUUUCCAUGCUCAGAGAGAAAGCUAUAAUCAGGGGUAAGGAACCUAGUUGCUUUUGCAGAAUCCCCCAUGUUGAUUAUAAAACUUUAUAUCUUUUGAUCAGAUGGGAAAGAGAACUUUUUCCUCUGAAAUGAGAGGCCAUCUAAUUUAAUUGUGGUUGACUAGUGUAAAUUUUAGAUUCCUAGUUUUCCAUUUCCUGAACAGUUCAGUGUAGUUAUUUUGGCAUGGUGUCCGUUAACUGGACUGCCCUACAUCAAUAGAUUUAUCUGAAAAUUCAGGAUACAUUAAAGGGUGGAAAAGCAUAAUCUCUUCUUUUUUAAAAAUGCGUAUGGAAGAAAUUUUGAAUGGGUAUAAGUUACAGCCUGUGUUCAGAACGCGAAGAUGGGGGCGUGAGUUGACAUAUCCUCCAGGGUCAAAACAGAAGAGGUGGAACAGAGUAUAAGGACUGUCUCCUCACUGCUCUCUCUUCUCACCUUCAUUGUUGGGUCAAUUAGAAAAGAUAUGGAUGAUUGUGGUUUAAUGGCUGGGAAUGAGGGUUGAACCAUGUCAGUUGAUGAAAAAGACAAAAAAGCAAGGUAUUUUGAGUCACCAAACUUACAGGUUUUCAGACUUUGCCUUGUUUUGACACCUCGAUUCCUGAGCAGGUACAGCGCCUUCAGAUGGAAUGGUGGAUGGUGACUUUCUGUGUUUUGGCUCAUGCCAGCUAUGAAAACUAGCUGAUUGGUAGAUGUGGGGCUACACGGACCCAUCAUUUAAUACCCAUCAUUUUCCUUAUAUCAGAAUAAAAUUCAAAACUCUGUGCUAAUCCCUGCUCUAACCCAGAUUACCAUGGACCCAACUAUAUAAAAUGACCUUCAGACCAUCAAAGGGUAAGGAGCAUGAUCUUCCAGAGAAGGACUUUUAGAGAUAUAAACUCUGGAUUUGGGGAGAUUUUCCUGUACAAAAAGCAGAUUUGAAUAGUGUAAUCCAAGCAAGUCUCUGAAGCACCCAACUGUUGCGUGAAUUAUGGAUUUGUUUCAACAAGGUCUGGUAUUUUUCUUAACAGUUGCUGCAGCACAAGCAUUAGCAGAAGAAAGAAGGAACCAAGGCAGUGUUAGCACUGUUUCACUCCAGUCUCCAAUAAGCACAAAAUCAAAACCAGUGAUAGAUGGUUCUCUCUUGAAGUCAGAAGAAAGGCAGAGGCUUGCCAAGGAACGUAGAGAAGAGCGAGAGAGGCAGCAUGCUGCCAAAGAAACGCAGUUACUGGAGAAGGAGAAAAAAGCAAAGCUGCAAUAUGAAAAGCAACUGGAGGAGAAGCAGAAGAAGCUGAGGGAGCAGAAGCUGAAAGAGCAACAGAGAAGAGCUGCUGUGGAACAGAAAAGAAAACAGAAGAUUGAAGAGGAAAAAGAGCAUUAUGAAGCCGUGGUACAUCGAACGUUGGAACGCAGCCAGCGUCUGGAAACGCGGCAGAAGCGAUGGUCGUGGGGUGGCUCUGUGACAGAUCCCGACGGGAAGUCAGAAGCCCCAGCUGUAGCUGAAGCCAACAAGCGCUCUUCUUCCACAGUGAACCUCAAGCAACCCGAAACAGUUCUCCACAAGCGCCUCUCGUCCUCAGCAGCACUUCUCAAUUCUCCCAGCAGAGGAUCAGCUAAAAGGAGCUCUUCAUUAAACAGGCUGAAUAACAAAAGUUCUCUGAAUUCUGAGCAAGGGCUACCCAACGCUUUACAAACGGAGCAGAAAGGAGAACCAGAAAAGAAGAGGAGUUCAUCGCUGAGUAGAAUGAGCAAUAAACUUCCCGAAUUAGAAAAUGUGCAGAAAGAAGAAAAAACAGGUCGCCGUUUGGUCAGCCCUUUGGAGAGCAACUCCAUCAGCCGCCUGCUUGCCCCCACCCAGGCCUCUCUAGCCAGGAGCAAGAGCGCAGCCACCUUGUCUGCAGAUGGCAAGGAUCCCGCAGCUUCCACCAACCUCCCAGCCCACGUCCCCAAAGUGCCAUUACGCAGUCGCAGCACAGACCGAUUGAAGGGGGCUGCCGCCUCAUCCGAAAACGUUUCCUUGGAAUCUACACAGAAACCUGAGCCAGCAAAGCACCCCCCGACUUCAGCAGGGAGGCGAGCUCUUUCGCCCUCACUGCCUGGUCCCAGACGCUCCGUCUCACCCGGUAACGUGGGGAAACACCCUCCAUCUCCAGCCGCAAUAAGACGCAAACCUCAUCUGGUUUCACCGAAUGUCCUACGGCACCGGCAAUCUUCUCCCAUUACGGUCUCUAAACCAGCACCAAUACAGCGCCUGCCACUCACCCCAAACGUCCUCAUUGUUACCAAAAAGAAAACCGACAUGGAGUGCAAACCAAAUGACACGGUGGCACAGGAGCAGGGAGCUGCUGUGCACGCCUUGGAGAGAGAAGUGUCUGCGGGUCCUUCGAAAACCAAAGAAGAUGCAAGUUGCAAAACUGUUCCAGGGACUACAACCGCUGAAGAAGCAGCGAAGAUCUUGGCAGAGAAACGCCGUCUUGCAAGAGAACAGAGAGAGCGUGAAGACCAGGAGAAACUUCAAAGAGAAGAGGAAGAAAGAAUCCAGAAAGAGGAGAUGGCCAAGACAGCCCUGGAGAAGCAGGCGCAGGAGGAGGCGGCCCUCCGAGAGCUGGAAGAGUUGAAGAGAGCAGAAGAAGAGGAGCAGCAGCGGCUGGCCGAGAAGGACCGAAUUCGGAGGGAGCAGGAAGAACAGGAAAAGCUGGUGGAGCUUCAGAUGCAGCGGGAAGAAGCUGAAGCGAGAGCCUCCAAGGAAGCGGAAAGGCAGCGGCAGGAACGGGAGCGGAUUAUGCAGCAGAACCUGCAGGAGAGGCUGGAGAGGAAGAAGAGAAUUGAAGAAAUAAUGAAGAGGACACGGAAGGCAGAGCAGAACGAGGCUAAAAAUGAAGAUAAAUCGAAUGAGGAAGAUGAGGGUGUUGACGAAGAUGAAGAGCUGGGCCUUGAAAAGCAAGAUCAGCCUGAAAAGUCAAAAUACGAUGACUCAUCUCUAGAAGACGGUUCAGAGGCAUUGCACAAUUAUACUUUGGUGCAAGAAGACUCCAAAAUUGAAACAGACGACGUCUUCGUAAACGGGAAUAAACAGGAGGAAGAGGAUGAGGAUGGGAAUUCUGUGUAUUUCACUCAGUCGGUAGAAGCCAGUAUUCCAGCCAAAGGAACGAUGAUUGAAAACUCUGAAAUCCUGGACAUUAAUGAGGCUCAUCACUCUGUUGGAUUUAUCUCAAACUUUAAUGGGAAACCUUCUGCAUGGAAUUUUGAAGAAAUCAUUGAUCUAGGGGUGCGUCCUAAGACAGCUAGACUUGGUUCGGAGAGCAUCGCUGCUGAUAAACCCUCCCAGAACUGUAGAGAUGAAGUGUCAGUCCAUGCAAGUCCCAAGUUGGCAUUUGAGGAAGAACGUCCCACGAACUCCUUGACCAAAUCAGUGGAGGCAGCAUCAGAACUGUGAACACUAGAACCCUGGAGGGCUCCUGACAACCGUGCGGGAAUGUGAAGGGUUCAUCAAGACAGGAAGGCCUCCGUUUGGAAAAGCUGCUUGUAAACCUUUCGUUCACCUCCAUGUUUCUCUCAGUGUAACCCGCAAGAGCCCACCCCUACCGAUCUAACUUUGCACCUUGAAACGUUGGGGUGGGUGGGGGGAGUUUCUUUUGCUGUUGCUUUAUCAGCAUUCUUUAACAAGAUUUCCUUUUUAAAAAAAAUACAGAUUGUUCUCCUUUGGAUGAAAUGUUCGGGAAAUUGUCUGUUGGUCCUUAAUACUCCCUGUUUGCCACUAACACGGUGGCUUGUACCAGAGGCUUAACAAGCUACCCUUCUCCCAGAACAGAGGAAGCCAAGCGAAAUGGCUUAAUCUGAUGUCUAUUAAAAACCAAGCCAACAUUGUCAUGCGCUUUGUAGCACUCCCCUCCUGCUUGUUGUUACAGGAGGUGAUGGUUACUCCGAGUUGAACUUGAAUAUCUGAAAACAUAGCACCUCACUCUAGGAUGAGUCACAAUUUUGGUCAGAUCAUUUCUAAUCUUAAAAAACCAACCACUUGAUUGUCUCUACCAACACUUGAAAAGAAGCGUUUGUUCCUGACAGGUGGGGAAUUUUCAAAACUGAACAGGGAACCCCAAUGUCGGACGGCGCUCCCUUCUGUUGCCUUAUGCCGUUCUCUCUGGGGCAGGGCCUCCCUCUCCGCAGUGAGCUUCCGAGACCAGGUUGCGGGGCGAGCUUGGCGGAAGCCGCUGUACCCACAAAGUCCGCCUGGGCUCACGAGCAGGAAGCGGGUGUGAAGACCCGCCGUGAGACACGGGGUGUGUGCGGGGCGUAAGGAAGGGGAGCAAGCCUAGCUGAGGCCCCCCGCUGCAUAAAUCCCCAGACUGCAUGCUUUUACAG